GAUCUGGCAACAGUUACUUUAUUCUGUCUGCUGCUUUGUAAACAUUUGAGUAAAUUCAUUUGUCAUUCUUCACUGAUUUUCAAUAAAAUUUAACACCAUGUUUACAUUUAAUGCAUUUCACGAACCUUUGAGGCCGUUCAACACUCAGUAUCGCUGCUAUUCUGUGUCGAUGCUGCCCGGGAAUGAACGUCGUGAUGUUGAAAAAGGUGGAAAAAUCAUUAUGCCACCUUCUGCUCUGGAUCAUUUAACCCGAUUGAGUAUUGUUUAUCCCAUGCUGUUCAAGUUAACAAAUAAAAAAACAAAUCGAGUUACACAUUGUGGAGUUUUGGAAUUCGUUGCUGAUGAAGGCAAAGUUUACUUACCAUAUUGGAUGAUGAGGAAUUUGCUUCUUGAAGAAGGUGGAAUUUUACAUGUUGAAAAUGCAACUCUCCCUGUUGCUUCGUUUUCGAAAUUCCAACCACAGAGUGAAGACUUCUUAGACAUCACCAACCCAAAAGCAGUCUUGGAAAAUGCCUUAAGAAACUUUGCUUGUCUCACAACUGGAGAUAUGAUUGCCAUUGAAUAUAAUGAUAAAAUUUAUGAAUUCUGUGUUCUGGAAACAAGACCAUAUAAAGCUGUGUCAAUUAUUGAAUGUGACAUGAAUGUUGAUUUUGCUCCUCCUGUUGGAUAUAAAGAACCAGAACCAAAAGCUCCAGUUGAAGAUGAACCAGCUAAUCCAGUUCCUGCAGAAAGUGAACUUCUUCCAUCUAAUGGUUCCUUCAUUGCAUUUCGUGGCAAGGGUAAUAGACUUGACGGUAAAACAAAAGGAAUUGAAGCAUCUGGAAAAGUUUUGAAUACCCUUCCAUCAAGAAGGGGGAUACCAGACUAUGAUUAUGAAAUUGGAACAUUAAGGUUCAUUAGAACAACUAAAGCAGAGCUAAUAAAUAAUGGGAAGGAAGUUGAGGAUCUCUUUGAAGCUUUUUCUGGAAAAGGGUGGACUUUAAGACAAAAUGUCUCUAGUUAAUUUGGUUGUUUUUUCAAACUUAAAAUAUCUUGUACAUAGAAAAUGGUUGAAAUAUGUGGUACAAUGACAUUUUAACAUGUGCUGUAUCAAGUUCCAUUGAAGAAAUUAAAAAAUUGUUUUAAUAAAAGUUUUGUAACACUCA